GUCUGACCGGCUGGGCGGGUUUCCUUCCUGAUCGUCCCUGAGAGGAACGUGCAGCCGUGGGCUCGGUGUCCUGCACUCAGCUCGGGCCUGGCCCCGCCCCCCUGAACGUCUGUCUCACUUAUCGUGGACGGAGCAUCCUUUCUGUCCCGUGUGUGCCGGGUUGCCUGUCAGGCUCUCAUCCGUCUGCAGUUCGGCAAGCCGGCUUUUCCCAGCUUCCGUCCCUGGUACAUGGCCCAGAGCAAGCACGCCGAGGCCCGCGAGCUCAUGUGCUCAGGAGCUCUGCUGUUCUUCAGCCACGGCCAGCAAAACAGUGCAGCUGAUUUGUCCAUGCUGGUCCUGGAGUCGCUGGAGAAGGCGGAGGUCGAGGUGGUCGAGGAGCUGCUGGAAAGUCUGGCCAAGCUGUUCAGCCUGAUGGACCCCAACUCCCCGGAGCGAGUGGCAUUUGUGUCUCGAGCCCUGAAGUGGUCCAGUGGGGGGUCCGGGAAGCUGGGCCACCCCCGGCUCCACCAGCUGCUGGCCCGCACCCUGUGGAAAGAACAGAACUACUGCGAGUCCCGGUACCACUUCCUGCACUCCAGCGACGGGGAGGGCUGUGCCAACAUGCUGGUGGAGUACUCCACGGCCCGGGGCUUCCGCAGCGAGGUGGACAUGUUCGUGGCCCAGGCUGUCCUCCAGUUUCUCUGUUUAAAAAACAAGAGCAGCGCGUCAGUGGUGUUCACGACGUACACACGGAAACACCCGUCCAUCGAGAGCGGCCCUCCCUUCGUGCAGCCCCUGCUCAACUUCCUCUGGUUUCUGCUGCUGGCCGUCGAUGGGGGGAAGCUGACGGUGUUCACGGUGCUGUGUGAACAGUACCAGCCAUCCCUCCGGCGGGACCCCAUGUACAACGAGUACCUCGACAGGAUAGGACAGCUCUUCUUCGGCGUGCCACCCAAGCAGACGUCUUCCUACGGAGGCUUGCUAGGGAACCUUCUGAGCAGCCUCAUGGGCUCCUCGGAGCAGGAGGGCGAGGACAGUCAGGACGACAGCAGCCCCAUUGAGCUCGACUGACGCCCGCGGACCUGCACGGACUCGGCCUGGACUGCGGCGGGUGCGGCUCCCGAUGCGGGUCCAGACCUGGGCCCCCCGGGCUCCGGCCGAGGCCGAGGGGCCGCACGGCGGGUGUUCUGGGGCUGCCGGGGCCGUGCUGGCCAGGCCGCCGUGUACCCUGAGAUGACCCCAAUAAAGCACAGGCCCUGCCGCGCCUCCUC